UUUGUUAAACAAAGAAAUCAAAAAUAUUAAGAAAAUAAUUAACAAGAGAUCUAAAAUUCAAAAAGACAUUUUAUUGUUAAUUCUAAAAUCUUGCACAUAAAUAUGAAUAAAAAAUUAUUUGUAGUUCUUAUUACCUUAGCAGUUGUUUUCGCAACAAGAAGAGAAACAAAUGUUGCUUUGGCUGAAAUGAGAAGAUCUGCAUUUGGAGCUACUAUACUCAGUACAAUAUAAUUAAAUUUAGCAGCUAUGUAUGAUGUAAGCCCUAUAACUACUCUAGUUGAUUAAAUUUUGCAAUCCUUAUAAGAAUCUUAAGCUGCUGCUGAUUAUAGGAAUUCUACUAACUAGGUAAGAUGUGAUUAAAAUAUUGAAUAAUUUAGUCGCUAAAUUAAAGAUACCUAAAACACUAUCUCAAGUCUAUAAUCUCAAAUCAAUUCAAACUAAGAUAGUUUACAGAGAGAUAAUUAUGCUCUUUAACAAGCAAGUGAAGACUAUGAUAAUACUGAUAUUAGCAUUGAUAAAGGUACAGUAGAUAGAGAAGAUGCUCAUGAAAGAUGGGAGUAGUCUGAUAAGGAAAUAACAGAAGCUUUAAACGCUUUAGAUGAAGCUACUAAAUUAAUUUAACAUAUGGUUCAUGGUGUUUCUUUUGCCCAAAUUAAAUCUAGAUAUGAUAAAGUCCUGGAAAAGCUAACCACAAAUAAAUCUAAACAUUCUACUCUAUUCAAACCUUUAAUUAUAGCUUUGUCAUAGCUUUCAAGCUAAUUAAAUAACGAUUCAAUUUAGAAAAUACUUAAUUUACUUUAAAAUUUGAGGUAAGCAUUAACAGAUGCUUAAGAUGAAGGACGUGUUGCUGAAGAAACAGCCUAAAAUUUAUGGUAAAAGUUGCUUGAAUAGCUUUAAAUUAAUAAAUAGAAAUAUGAUGAUGAAAAAUAAAGAUUAACAGAUUAAAUUAUUUCUAUUAGUGCAUUGCUAAACCAGUAAAAAAAUUCACUAGAAAAUAACAAUAAUUCCCUUGAAAAUUUCAUCAUUUAGCUUUAAGAUGAAUAGACUCUUUGCUAAAAAUAAUCACUGGAUUAUGAGGAUGAAACUAAAGAAAAUUAAAAAGAAUCAGCUAUUUUAAUGGAGCUUAAAGAACAUUUAAACGAAAAAUUCUCUUAAGUAGUUGAAUUUAUUUAAUGA